AAAGAGGUGGCGUUUUUUUUAGUUCAAACCCCUCAAUUAUUUAGAGUCUGUGUGCCAAGUUUGGUCCAGAUCCAUCAAGCCACAAAGGACCCUUUGUGGUGCAAACGCACAGAGAGAGAUGUGUGUCUUUUCUGCUACAUUGACUUGGAAUGCAGAGGAGUGACGGAAAUCCCCUCCCAGCUGUAAAGUUCAGGCUGUAUAAAGGCAAACUACUCACAAUAAUAAUUGCAGUUGGGCAGACUUUCUAGAAGAAAUGUCUAAAUUCUUUCUUUUGAGAUGGUGUUUUUCUGGACUUUCGUUUCUGCAUUUGGGGAAGACAGAUGGGACACCUAAAGCUGCCACCCUAUCCUUAUGAGUAAGGUGCGGGAAACAGUUCUCAAUGAACAGAUGAUGAGCUGAAUCUCUUAGUCAUAGUAGUGGACGCUAAUCCGAUCUGGUGGGGAAAGCAGGCGUUGAGAGGAUCAAAGCUUACAUUGUCAAAAUGCCUUGAUGCGAGCAUGGUGCUGGGAAACUCACACUUAUUUAUGAACCGCAACAACAAGCUUGCUGUUAUAGCCAGUCAUAUACAUGAAAGCCGUUUCCUGUAUCCUGGAAAGCGUUGGGCAGUUAUCGAUAUCUUUGAUGAGGCUGGAGAAACUAAUAUGUAUGGUAGCAAGGAUGGAAAGUAUGAGUUAUUAACAACUAUAAAUGAAGCAAUUGCGGAGGAGAUAAAGAAUCUGAUGAUCAACGCAGGACUGGAAUGGCAACAGGCAGAAACAUUGCUAGCUGGAUCCCUUGCGAAAGCAUUAUGCUAUAUUCACAGAGUGAGCAAAACGGAAUCAGCUGGCCAGGAAAUUAAAUCCAGGAUAUUGGUUAUAAAAGCUGCUGAAGACAGUGCACUGCAGUAUAUGAACUUUAUGAAUGUCAUCUUUGCGGCCCAGAAGCAGAAUAUUUUGAUUGAUGCCUGUGUUUUGGAGUCUGAUUCAGGGCUCUUGCAGCAGGCUUGUGAUAUCACUGGGGGUAUUUACUUGAAAGUCCCACAUAAGCCAUCACUUCUGCAAUAUUUGUUGUGGGUAUUUCUCCCUGAUCACGACCAACGAUCCCAACUCAUCCUCCCACCCCGUGUUCAUGUGGACUACAGGGCAGCUUGCUUCUGCCACAGGAAUCUCAUUGAAGUUGGUUACGUCUGCUCAGUGUGUUUGUCAAUAUUCUGCAACUUCAGUCCGAUUUGCACCACUUGCGAGACCGCCUUCAAGAUUUCACUGCCAGCUGUCAUGAAAGCUAAGAAAAAGAAGCUGAAAUUAGCCAUAUAAGAGCAUCGUUCAUGCCUGUUUCUUUCGAUGUGCAAUUUCCCAGCUGAGAUCAUAGCUGGGGUGUUUAUAGGAUGUCCGAAAAGAAGAGACCUGUAUUCCAACAGACAGAAAGAGUGCUAAACAUUUCAGAACAACGGCAUAAAGGCAGGUGCCACCAGUCUGCUCAAGCAACAGGGGAUAGCACAUGUUUAGAGCUUGUGUUAUAUAGUCAUGAUUAAACUGCAACUGCCUUAAACCCACAACUGCAGCUAUUGAAGGCAUGAAGACAAGAUUCUCCAGCCCCAAGAAUGUGGUGUAAAGCUUCUCUAAGAGAACUUCCUUGGACCAACUUCUCUAUUUGGAACAGGUCAAAUAAUCUAAGCCAUGAUGUCUUCCUUCCAAAAAGAAAGCCCCAUUUAUUUAAGUAGAAAUCUAGUAUUUUGUAAAGGGCUCCUGGGGGCUGGUCCUACAGAAGCCCCUCUUGUGUUAAUUAAUAGAGAAAACAGCCCAAUUUCAAGACUGCAGAAACAUUGGGCUCUAGAUUGCUUUGAGCUAAGCUUUUCAAUUAUGGUUAGCAAUGACUCUAAGUUCUUCCUGUUUCCCCUUCUCAAAAGUGAUAGCUGCAUCUGGAUUGGCUGGCUCUUAGGCUCCUUUCAAUGGUUGGCUUCCUCAGCCAAAACCUGUGCCAACGCAAUCGUGCAAGCGAAACCAAUUCCAGUGGAAGGGCUUAAGAUACUUCUCAAUACUCUGCUUCUAAUAUCUCCUUGAUAAUUUUAAGAGGGAGAAUCAGCUAUGCACUUCCUUUCCAGGCACAAUGAACGAUCUGUUGUCGAACGUAAUGCAAAUUUAAUCAGUUCUGAGAAUUGAGAGGAGUUCAGUCUUCCAUGCUGGCUUAACACUGGCAAGUUUAACUACUCCUGAUUUAACCUUUCUUUCUGCUUGUAUACAAACGGGUAACAUUUCCAAUGUUCAGUCUUCCUCAGCUGGUACAAGCAUUAGGUUCUGAGAAUUGCAGUCCAAAUGUGACAUUUCCAAGGUCUUCUGUGUUUUGCCAAGCACAAGAGAAGGCCAGACAUGAAGAGUCUGGUGUCCCUCUUUGCUGAAUAUCCAUCGGAGCAUUUGCCAUGUAAUUUUACUUCCUUGAAUCCUGACUCUUCACAUUAUCAGAAUGCGAUUUCUGUCUAUCCUUUAAAAAUGGCAUCCAUGCCUUUUCUUUUUUUUUAUCUUCCUGAUCCCAAAUCUGAAGAUUUGUGUCCUAUUUGAUGAUCCAGGAGAAGCCAGGGCUCUGUAAACUGUAUAAUUUAUUGACUGACCUGUAUGCUGCAUUGAACCUUUUACAGUUUGCCAGAGAUAUGCUGUUGUUUUAACAAUUGUUUUGUAACUUUUCCUGAAUAAAGUCUUCCUAAGAAAACAA